AUGGCCGUCUUCCCAGGCGAGCCUCAGUCGUCAGGGUUUCCCGUAUGGCAAGUAUGUGCCGUCCUCGCCUCCCUCGUCGGACCCCCGUUGCUUGCCAUCGGCCUCUACGCACGACACGUCAAGAAACGUCCCUCGAGGCAUCGUACAGCGACAGUCCUCGUUCUCGGUGACAUUGGCCGCUCUCCACGUAUGAUGUACCACGCAGAGUCACUUGCAAGGGCAGGUUGGGAGACACACCUAGUUGGAUAUGGCGACACCACACCUAUACCGUCGCUCCUCGAGACCCCGCGUGUACACUUGCAUCACCUUCAUAACCCGCCCAGCCUCCUUUUGCGCCUUCCAUGGGUUCUCCGUGCCCCCAUCCGUGUGGUGACGCAAGUCUUCUCCGUCAUGUACAUUUGCGUAUUCAAGAUCCCCUGCAACACCGAGAUCCUCCUCGUGCAGAACCCCCCUUCGAUUCCUACCCUUCUCCUCGCGCAGAUCAUCUCAAACACGACACGUACAAAGCUUAUUAUCGACUGGCACAACACCGGCUACUCGAUCCUUGCCAUGCGUCUGGGCGAGUCGUCGCCCAUCGUCCGCAUUGCCAAGUGGUUUGAGCGUACUUUCGGACGCGAAGCCUAUUGUCACCUGUUCGUCACCUAUGCGCUGCAAAAGUUCCUCGUCAACGAGUGGCACCUCCAGGGCCGAAGUGUCGUGCUCCAUGACCGCCCGCCCUCGCAGUUCCAGCACACCGAGAUCAGUGCACAGCUUAGUCUCUGGAGACGUAUUGGCCCCGCGAUUGACCCGCCUCUGCCCAAGCGCCUGCACACGACCGAUAUCCGGCGUACAGGCUUCACUGAAAUGACUCCUGACGGACCUGCGCUGCGUCCCGACCGACCGGCGUUCAUUCUCUCCGCCACGUCCUGGACGGCCGACGAGGACUUUUCCAUCCUCCUCACCGCCCUUGACUCGUACCAAGCCGUCAAGACAUCAGGCGUGUCCGACCUGCCCGGCAUCGCCAUGAUCAUUACGGGCCGCGGCGAACUCCGGGCCGAGUUUGAGCGGCAAGUCGCCAAACGCGAGAAGGCCGGCCUGUGGCCCGACAUUUGCGUGCGGUGCAUGUUCCUCUCUGCGCGCGACUAUCCGCUGUUGCUCGGAUGCGGCGACCUGGGCAUCUCGAUGCACCAGUCCAGCUCGGGGCGCGACCUGCCCAUGAAGGUCGUGGACAUGUUUGGGUCUGGUAUGCCCGUGCUUGCGCGCGGCUUUGCCUGUAUCGACGAGCUGGUGAAGGACGGCAAGAAUGGGCGUGUGUUUGACAAUGAAGCCGAGCUGGGCGCGCAGUUGAUCGACACGCUGGUUGGGUUCCCGCACGCCCCCAAGCUCGAAGCCCUCAAGGAGUACUUCAAGCCCAAGUUUCCCUCCAGCCCCGGACGCAGGGUCACGGCUCCUGGCAAAGAGGUCGAGUGGAGCUCGUGGGACGAUAACUGGGACGCGGUCAUGAAGCGUGGUGUCCUCGACUUCAGGCGUGCCGAGUGA